AUGCACCUUAACCCGAAUGAAGAAAACGAAGCGGGGAUGAGAUCGGCGCCUGUUGCAGGUAGGGAUGCGAACGCGGGUGAGGAGGUGGACAACAGGGUUGGCCCUUCUGAGAGCGAGACGGAGCAUGCAGUACUUGUUCAUCCGGACAGUCGGUCGUCUUCGGAGCGGCGUUCGAACGCAUUGGCGUCGUCGUCGUCGGUUGCGACAACGUUGCGGCGGCAGACUUCUUUAGUGGAAUUACCAAGCGCAUGGACUUUACGUUUGCUGUUCGUGUUAUGGUUGAUGUGUGUUAAAGGCGUGUGUGCAGUGAUGACGACAUGGCCGAUCUUGUUGCAUUCUGAUUCAAUCCUGAACCCACCUUCUUGGUUGGAUGUGGACGCGUCUUGGCGCGGUAUGUGGAGUGACCCAUUCAGUUGGCUUUGUUUCGUCGUCGUCGGGAUCUCCUGGACCGCCGGCUCCAUCGGUCUCGCCGGCCUUUUUGCCAAGUCCCCCCCCAUGGUCACCGCUGCACGACUCACCUGGGCCGUAGCCGUCCUUCUCAUAUGGACCGUCGCCCUUACCGUCUACGUACUCAAACGUACUUACCGGCUUCCUACCAACAAACACAGUGAAAUCAAUCCCGCAAUUCUACAAACCAGGCACCAGACAUUAUUCGUCCUCCUCCUUAUCGGACAACUCUUUCUCUCUGUCAUCGGCAGCCUAUUUGUCGGCGCACUCGCCCGACUAGAACUCAUCUUCAAGACCGAGGAACUACUCAAACAUAAACAGCACGCAAGGUCACUGUCCGCAGAAGAAGUAGACCGACUACUCAGCGCUUAA